UUGGGAGAUCCAGCAUACCACGAUAUCCUGGCUUCGGCUGGGCUUGAAAUAACCCUUUUGCUGUCCUCCGCUCUUUGCAUCAGUGGCUUCCUAGGUUCGAGCGAGGGCAUUUGUGUAGCUGAGAUGUGUGUCUUCGUGAAAGAACAUGUAGAGAGAGAGAGUCGUUUUGGCAUUCGCAUCAAGCGCAUUGCGCAUUUUUCGAAUUUUGGCCCCCUUCCAGGCAGGGACCUUGAUUUUCACCCGCUGGCACUGACGUCUUUUAAUUGGUCAGCCGGUUAGCGCGGUC